AACUGCCGGUUGAAAGCCAAUCUAAAACCUCACCUUAAACCCUGGCCUCAACUCAAUUCUCCACUGGUUUGGUUUGUCUCUGCCAUGCCAUUGCUAGCGGUAGCAGCCAUUUCUGAUAGCUAAAAGAAACCGAAUUCCUAUUUAUUAUCAAUCUCCCUCUAUAUGAAUUGUAAUACUCCAUAGAUAGACAAGAAAAAACAGGGUAAAAAAACAAUGAUAAUGAGCGAAGUAUGUGGGCUCCGUUCACGCUGCCUCCGCUUCUUCCUCCCUUCUCCAAUACCACCUCCUCGCCACCGUAGCUGCCGCCUAUUUGCCACCACUACUACAUGCUCCUUUCCCGUCGCCAGCAAGAAAGAGAAGGUUAUUGUGAUUUCUGGUCCCACCGGAGCUGGGAAGAGCCGCCUGGCACUGGAGCUCGCCAAGCGGCUCAACGGUGAAAUAAUCAGUGCCGAUUCGGUUCAGGUAUACCGUGGUCUUGAUGUUGGGUCUGCAAAGCCUUUGCCAAGUGAAAGAAAGGAAGUGCCUCAUCACCUGAUCGACAUAUUAGACCCAUCUGAAGAUUAUUCAGUUGGACAAUUUUUUGAGGAUGCAAGGCAAACCACACGAGAUAUUCUGAACAGUGGCCGCAUUCCUAUAGUUGCUGGUGGGACUGGAUUGUAUUUGCGAUGGUUUGUAUAUGGAAAGCCAGAUGUUCCUAAGGCCUCACCAGACAUUGCAUGUGAAGCAUAUGCUGAGCUUGCAGAAUUGCAGAAGAAUAAUGACUGGGAUGGAGCUGUGCAGUUAGCAGUGAAAGCAGGUGAUCCGAAGGCUCAAUUCUUGGCUGCCAAUGAUUGGUACAGAUUACGACGCAGCCUUGAAAUAAUCAAGGCCAGUGGAUCCCCUCCAUCAGCUUUUCAAGUUCCAUAUGAUUCUUUCAAGGAACAAUUAGGUGCAAAUUUAACAGAGAGCUCUCACAAUGUUAGUUCAUCUGUUGAUACGUCUGAGCAAGUUAAACCAAAAGAUUUGGACUAUGAGUUCGUGUGUUUUUUCCUUUCAAGCCCUAGACUUGAUCUCUAUAGAUCCAUUGAUUACCGAUGCGAGGAUAUGCUUUUAGGAACUGAUGGUAUUUUGUCUGAGGCCAAAUGGCUCCUUGACAUGGGUCUUCUUCCAAAUUCAAAUUCUGCAACUCGUGCAAUUGGUUAUAGACAAGCUAUGGAGUACCUUUUAAACUGUAGGGAACAAGGGGGUAGGAGUUCUGCAGGAGAUUUUUAUGGUUUUCUAUCUGAAUUUCAGAAAGCAUCUAGAAACUUUGCUAAAAGACAGAUGACAUGGUUUCGCAAUGAACAUAUUUAUCACUGGCUUAACGCUUCCAAGCCCUUGGAAAAGGUGCUUAACUUUAUUUAUGAUGCAUACCAUGAUCAAACUGGAAAUUUAAUUGUUCCUGAAUCACUUCAAAUGAAGAAAGACAUAUCUGAUCAUCGGGAAAUUCUUCAACUAAAGACUUAUCGCACUAAAAAUAGGCAUUUUGUCAGCCGCAAUGAUUGUUCUGAUAUUCUGGACUGGGUAAGUACUCAGGGUGAAGUAGCAAGUGGAGUUGUUUGAUUUUGAAUUGGCUCUCAAAAUUUAUUCGGUGGAACUCCUGAGUUUGUUGCAAAAAGAUAAUUGCAGAUUCAACUGGUCGAAUCCUGUCCAUUUUGCCUCUAGACUUGCAGGGCAUACUGACAUUAUACUGAGAAAGGUUUGAGUAGAAUGUAUUAUCCAUAUCGGUUAUUUUUGGUGAGUCAUAAAAAAUAUAAUCCAAUGUAAUCAAAUUUAUUUUUACUAUAAUAUAUAUACUAGAAAUGCAUUUGAUUAUGUUAUAUUGCAUUUAACUACGGCUCACCAAACGGAGCCGAAAUGUUUUCUUUUCUA